AUGCUCAGAGAAGUGUCUGCCAUCACUAUCUCAAUCUUAAGAUCGCUCUUGGUAUUUUUAUCAUCUUCUCCAGCUUCUUCGAGCAAAAGUGGAUGGUCAUUGAUUUCCAAGCUGAUGAUCACAAAGGGUUCUUCGCAUGAUAAAGGACUUGGUCUAAAUAAUGUGGAGUGUGUUGAUCUUGCUCUAACAUCACUUCAUGGGCGCAUCAAGCAGAAUGGUGGAAACAAAGCUGAAAUCCAGAUGGUGAAAAGACAAUUGCAGAUGCUAGAUAGCAAGAUUGAAGGUCUUGAUGCUGGUUUAGAAUGCUUGUUCAGACAAUUGGUCCGACACAGAGUUACACUUCUCAAUAUGCUUACUCAUUGA